UACAAAACCGAACGUUAAUGUCAAUCUUAUAAAAACUCUAUUUAUUCAGUUUUUAUGUUUAAUUAAAUAAUAUUUACCAUGCGAAUGAUUACUUUUAGUAUACUUCGUCAUUUCAAAUAUAAUUUGGCGUAUAAAAUAUCAAGAAGAUUGAAAAGCGAUACAGUCGAAGUUAAGUCAGACCAUUUAAAAACAACAGGUUCUUCGCCUGAUCCUGAUUAUAUAGAAGUAUUACCAUCAUGGCCGGAAGGAGAAGCAAAUAUGCGCAUAAAAGCCACUAGUUCUAUGAGAAUUUAUCCGAACUUUGUAUCUGAAGAAGAAGAAGCAUCUUUAUUAGCAGAAGUUGAACCGCAACUAAAGAGAUUGAGAUAUGAAUACGAUCAUUGGGAUAAUGCCAUAGAAGGAUAUCGUGAAACGGAACGUGACUCUUGGAACGAACAGAAUGCUGCGGUACUAAAGAGAGUACGUGACAUGGCAUUUCAACCUUAUGCACAGCUCCUGCCGCGCGCGCAUAUACUGGACCUAGCAGCUGCGGGAUAUAUCAGACCUCAUAUUGAUGCCAUCCGGUUUUGUGGGAACACAAUAGCUGGACUUUGUCUUCUAUCAAGUGCAGUGAUGCGGCUGGUUCAUGAAUCACGACCUGAGUUACAGUUAGAUGCAUUGCUUGAACGACGCUGUCUCUAUGUUAUGAGGGACGUGUCUCGCUAUGAGUUCACACAUGCAGUGCUGGGAGGCGAACAUAGUGUAUGGAGAGGGGAGAAGUUGCCGAGGCGCAGGCGCAUCGCUGUUAUAUGCAGGGAAUGUCCUUUGCCAGAACAUCGCGAAUAAAUAUGUAUGUGUAAUCCAAAUAACCUUUUGACUAUGAUUCAGCUGCAACAUAAAUAUGAAAUUUGUUUUAUGUUUUGUACAAAAAUAUACAUUUGUUUUUGGAAUACAUAA